AUGACAAAACCACAAUUAUCAUAUUUUAAAGUUAGAGCAUUAGGUCAAUUCCCACGUGUUUUAUUAUCAUAUCUUUCAAUUGACUAUGAUAAUAACUAUAUUGAUAAAAUUGAUGAAAAUAUUAUUGAUGAUCUUAAAUAUGGACAACUUCCAUUAUAUACAGAUAGCAAUGGUUUCAAAUUAGUACAAUCAAUGGCAAUUUCAAAAUAUAUUGCAUCUCAACAUGAUUUCGUUGGUAAAACUCCAGAAGAAAAAGCUUUGGUCGAUGAAACACUCGCUGCUGUCAAUAUUGAUGUUUUUACUUUUAUCAUUAGAGUAUUCAGAGGUGUUGAAGAAAAAGAAAAAAUCCAAGAAAUUAUUAUACCAAGAUUUUUCGCAAAAUGGAAUCAAAUUUUAGGUGAAAAGAAAUAUCUUGCAGGUGGUAAUUCUUACACUUUGGCUGAUUUAUAUGUUUAUGUUGCUUAUGAAUACAUUGGUUAUGUUUUACCAUUUGCUGCUGAUCUCUUAUACAAUGGUAAGUUCCCACAUUUAGAUUCUUUGAAAGAACAUUUCGAAUCUAAUAAAGGUGUAGCAGAAUAUCUCAAAAAUAGACCAAUUACUGAAAGAAAAAUUUAA